AUGUCGGUGUUGGUGAUUCCGAAGGCGCCCUUCCCCUCAUUCACACAAGCGCUACUCUCAGGAGGCCACUCCGCUCGUUUCAACGUUGACGACGACGAGAGUCUCGACGAACGCACACACCAUCCGGCAAGCGGUGCUGUAGUCGAUCUCAUGAAAACUCUUGAUACGAGGACGUCGCAUUCGUGGGAUAUGACGUUUGCCUUAAACGAGGACGACUCUGAUACUGAAACCAUCUUCGAAGAACGGCCCCGGAGGACCAAGCAAUGCAAAAGGCCGGUUUACCUGGCGAGUAUCCUUACCCAAGAUCUUCACGAUUCUUCGCAGGCUGACGUGUUUCUGUGGAAAGUCACAAAUAUCGUCUAA